ACAACGCACGCGCUUAGUUUUGCUACUUUCUUUCUGGUGUUGUUUUUCUCUUUCUACUGUACUUAUUAACGCAAGUCAAAAUGAACGAACCCGAUUCGUUUCCAGUGGAUGAUGCAGAUGAAUCUGGACCAUCUGUUGAGCCUGAAAACCAGGAGGAGAGAAUAAAAGCCCGCCGUCUGCGCAUAACCGCACGGAAUGAGGCCAAAAAACGACAAGAGCUUGGAGGAGAUUCCCAGGAAAAAGAGGUAAUCAAAGAGGAAACACGGACAAGUCUCAAGGAGGUGGAGAUAUGUGAAAAGCACCUGGCAAAAUUGCAAAGUGAUGGCUUGGAGCUGGUGACCAGCAUUCGUGUAGCUGCAGAUGCCAGAGAAUCGAACAGGAGAACAGAGCAAGAGGAGGCAGAUCGGCUGAGGAGAGAAAAGCUGGAAAGCAAGGCCAAGUCCAGCUUGGAGAAGUUUGAGGAGAUCACUUACAAGUGGACGGAUGCCAAAAUGAAACAGACACCACUAAAUCUGAGAGAUGCUUUAAAGAACCAGCAGCACCUCUGCAACCAGAUUAUACAUGAGAAGAAUGAAUUGAUCAGUGAUCUACAGCAGGAGCUGAAAGCCAGCGAUGAUCGAUAUGUCAAAGACUUAAAAAAGCAGACUAAGGACAUAGACCUGCUGAUCGAGAGGAUGGAAGAACAGAUCACAAGUUUAAAAAAAGCAUACAGGGAGAAGCUGCACCAGAUUGAGAACGCUUUUGGUGAUGAGAGGAGUACUUUGCUAACCAAAAACAGAAAAAAAUGGGAACAACAAAUGAAGGAACGUCGCGAUAAAGAGCUGAAGAACAUGAUCCAGAGUUUAGGCCUCAUGGAGGAACACGAGGACCUGCUGCAGAAGCUGAGGGUCCAAAUAGGUGAAGAAUGCAACAUAGAGAAAAUUAAACUGGAUACAGAAGUACAGAAUUUAAGGAAAAGGGUACAGGAGGUGAAGUUCAGUUGCCAUCUGAAUCAGGAGAAACUUGAUAACAAAUUCAGAACUCUAAAGAGACGAGAAGAGGAAAAUGCAAUCUUAAAAUCCCAACUAAAGAGAAAACUCAUUAGAAUGCAAGAUGUUCUCAACAACCUAAAGUCUAAAUGUGCAGACCAUGAAAAGGAGUUAAAACUGGAGAAACAAUCACUGAGCAGGGACUACGCACGCCUCAACCAACAAUACAAAGACAUGCAGAAGAAAGCAAGACACUUUGGAGCGCUGGAUAUGCAGCGCUAUGAAAAUAUAUGGCUGAUGAAUGAAGCGGAGGUUAAGGCCCUGGCACACAAGGCACUAGAGGUGGACAGACUGAUUCAUGAGCAACAGCUGGGUCUUGCCUGGGAAUCGCCUCCGCUUUCUUUCAUGGACCGAUCUGGCCCAUUUGGAGGCGAAGAGCAAGUCCUCCGAACCGCUGGACAGGCAGCUGCAGAGGCCCUCAAGGAGGAGCCACAGGAGGAGGAAUCAGGAAAUAUAGUAGAAGGAUCUGAGUAUCUCCAAAGCACUGAAGAUAGAGUUACUAGGACAACAAUGAAGAGAAUCCUAGAGAUGCUAUGUGAUGAGACGGGCUUUCUUGUAGAUAGUAAACUGCUUAAGCUGCUGUCCCUUCUGGAGAAGAAUGAGCAGUCCCUUAUAAAGCUGGAUGCUAUUUUCUCAGUAAUGGGGAUUGAGAGUGAGGAGGAUGUGUACAGAAUGACAAAGUUCUUUAUGAAGUACAGACAGCAGAACGGAGAACAGAGGGAUCAGAUGGAGGAAGAGGAGGAUGACGGUGAUCAGGCCCAAUCAGUGGAAGAGCCCCGUGACCUCAUCCAUCCAAAUGAAGUACUAGUGGCUCUGAAAGAUUUUACUGCCCAAUACUGCAGACCCCGUAAGGGUCUGGCCUCACAUCAGAACAGUGCUUUGGAGUUGAAUAUGAGAGAUGACAUUGAAGAUGCUGCAUAUUGGGAAAGCCUGGCUAAUGUCAUUCCAGAGUCCAAACUCAAGCUGUGGGCUGCACUGGAUACAGCUCUCAACAAGUACCAUACCGUACUAGCUGAACGGUCUGAGCUCCUAGUAGAAACACAGAGUAUUAAGCAACAGAAUACCGAGCUUAGGCAUUUACUCCACCAAUACACAACCUCCAAGGUCAGUGCUGAGCUGGAGACCCACCCACCCAGAUGAGACAGUUUCUUGGGAAUUAAUAAUCUCUUUAAUCAUUUUGAAGAAGAAAAAAUCUAUAACUGUAAUCUAUAUUAACGAAAACUAC